AUGGAAUGUAUCGUGAACUCCACAAGUAUACCCGUCUCUGCAUCUACAUCUACAUUUACAUCUGCGUCUGCGUUUACAUGCGCGCCUAGCACGUCCGGCGUUUACAUCCAUGGCUGCAUCAAUGCUGAUCCUAUUAUCCCAGUCACGUCUGCAUCUGCAUCCACAUCUGCGUUCAUGUAGAUAUACGUCAAGUCUGGAUUUACGUCCUUGUUCUUAUCCUCGCCUCGUCUCGUCUCGUCUCGUAAACAUCCAGUCUAAUAGCAAAAAGAAAAAAAGCAGAAAAGAGGGGCGGCGGCGGCGGCGGAAAAAGACGGGAUAAAAUAUGAUAUGGCAAGGACAAGGAGAAGCGGAGAGGCAAAAAGGGAAAAAGGAAAAAGAAAAAAUGUGAAAGGAGGGAGAUGAUGGAAAAGUAUCCGUACUGACGUAGCUAGGUGAAAGGAUGUAGAUCGGAUAAGUAA